CCAUUGGCUGCGAGAAUUUUUCCAAGUGUGGUCUUCUCUCUCCGGCUGCUCCCGACUCACUUCUCACUUCAUCCCCGUGUCUGUGUCAGCGCGGAGAGGGAGCUCGUCAUGCUGAGGAACGGCACGUACAGAGGCAUUUACCAGGGGGAGGAGGCGAGGCUGCGCAGCGGGGCUCUGGCUGUGUCUCGGGAGAGAAAACACCUUGCUUUGUGCAUUAAUAACCAGGAUGAAGUGAAGAGGUACCAUCGCUACUGCAACCACAGCGGAGGGCAAGCAGUUCCUAAGGUGGAGAGAAACCGUCCCCAUAAAAGUGAGGAAGAGGAUGACAACAAUCCUCAACGUCGUGAGCAACAGCAGCACCGGGAGAAUAAGGCUAUUGUGAUUCAGCGGGCCUGGCGUGCGAGCACAUCCCGCAGAGGAAGCUGGCAGGGACAAGACAAGAACUGUACCAGCAAUCUUAAGGAUGAGACGAUGACUUCGGAGAGCCUCCAGGACCCUGUGACUACCGCCAACAUUUCACCGGAGCAGCUGAAGAGCCUCCAGAUUGGCUUCAAGCACGUCAGUGAUGGAGGUUUCCCGCUGCAGAGUAAUCAUCUGCCCAUGAACCUGGACAACAACAUCAAUAUCAACUUGCCACCAGAUGAAACCAAGGUGUUGAUCAUCCAGCGGGCCUGGCGGGACUUCCUCCAGAGGCAAGAAGUGGAGAAGAGGAGCCCCUCUCCUCCCUCCCUCUCCUCCUCAGACAAGAUGAGCAUGUCAAUCAGCAUGACCACCCUGUCGGACGGCAGCACACCUGAUUACCGGGAGGAUGGCAUGGACCUGGGGAGUGAUGUAUCCAGUCGCUCCAGCUCAGAGUCCAACUCCAACAAGGUCACACCGUGCUCCCCAUCUCUUGACCUGGCCACCUUGGAGGACUACAAAUCCUCCCCCUCUCUGGACCUGGUCACCUUAGAGGACUACGAGGAGGACGAGGACUACCAAGAGUACAAGAAGAAGGUGAUCGAGGAGUGGGAGAGCGAGUACGGGGAGGACUACACCUCUCCACAGCCUGCUGGUCAGGAGGAAGGCGGCGGGGGAAGCGGCGUGGGGGAUGAAGGCCUCGGCGAAGGCUACAGGAAGACAGUGAACAGUCGGAGCCUGGCUGAAGAAUUCCAGGAUGUGAAGUCUGUCCCGCCCCUCCCGGCCCCCAGCGGACGCACUGCAACUUCGGUCGCAGCCGUCCCAGAUGAACUGAAACAGAACGGCAAUCUGAUUUUGCCCAGGAGCAACCAGCUUCACUCUCCCGGUGAACCAAAGGGGGGAACAGGGACUCCUAAACCUAGUCGCCGCAGUUCCAGUCAAGGCAGGGGGAGCCGCAGCACUGGAGGAGGUGGUGGAGGCGGUGGAGGAGGAGGAGGAGGAGGAGGAGGAGGAGGAGGAGGCAGUGGAGGUACUGGGGGGCGAAUGGGGGGAUAUAAAGAGGAGGAGAGUGCAGAGGAGGAACCUCUGCCCACCAUGGACUGGGCAGCCCUGGAGAGACACCUGGCCGGGCUUCAGUGCAGAGAGCAAGAGAACCAAAACCUCAACCACAACCAGAACCACAACAUGGGCAAGACCCACUACACCUCGGCCCAAAAGAAUGAGAGGGAGUCUAUCAGGCAGAAGUUGGCCCUGGGCAGUUUCUUUGACGAUGGACCCGGCAUCUACACCAGCUGCAGCAAGAGCGGCAAACCUAGCCUGUCCUCACGGCUGCAGAGCGGGAUGAACCUACAGAUCUGUUUUGUCAAUGACAGCGGCAGCGACAAGGACAGUGAUGCAGACGACAGCAAGACAGAGACCAGUUUGGACACACCUUUGUCUCCCAUGUCCAAGCAGAGUUCGUCUUACUCGGACAGGGACACCACUGAGGACGACUCGGAGUCUCUGGAGGAUAUGGACUUCCUGAGUCGACAGAAGAAGCUGCAGGCGGAGGCCAAGCUGGCUCUGGCUAUGGCCAAGCCCAUGGCCAAGAUGCAGGUGGAGGUGGAGAAACAGAAUCGAAAGAAGUCUCCAGUGGCAGACCUGCUUCCACACAUGCCUCACAUCAGCGAGUGUCUAAUGAAAAGAAGCCUGAAGCCCACAGACCUGAGAGACAUGACACUGGGGCAGCUGCAGGUUAUAGUCAAUGACCUUCAUUCCCAGAUUGAGAGUCUGAAUGAGGAGCUCGUACAGUUGCUACUGAUUCGGGAUGAACUACACAUGGAGCAGGAUGCCAUGCUGGUCGACAUAGAGGACCUCACCAGGCAUGCUGAGAGCCAGCAGAAACACAUGGCAGAGAGGACCCUCUCAAAAUAAGAUGCCGGUCCCUGCUCCACCCUGCUCCCCUGUGCCAAGCUGAAGCUCCCGCUCCAAACCAGACUUUUCCCCCUCUGGCUCAUUCCACCCCUGCCCUGUUUCCAUCCAAAUCCUGCCCGCUUGUCCUGAGUGCUCUGCUCCUCGCUGCGUCCCCGGCGUCUCCCCAUGUCUACCUUCCCGUCAAACCCACUGACUCCUAUUGUGGCAGCAGCACAGGAGGAGGAGGAGGAGGAGGAGGAGGAGGAGGAGGAGGCCUCCCCUCUUUCAUUUGCUUCUGUGGUUUUCUCCCAGCGCCAAGGACGAAGGAGCACUGCCUGCUCCCUGGGAGAAGAGGAAACUGAUUGUGUGUCGUCAUGGAUUCUGUCCCCAGCUUCCUGUGCAGUGAUCGGCCUUGCUUUGCGAUUGUUUCUUUUUAACUUUCUACAUUCGCCACUAAAUUAUAACUGUCAAAUGCAAAAAAAAAUAAAAAAUGUGGGAAAAAAUAAAAUAAUAGUGAAAAAUUUAGUAGAAAGUCAGUCAUGAGAAAAAAAAGAAACAUUGUAUUGAAAAAAAAGAAAAACGGUGGAAACUAACUUCUUCAGACCAUUUUAAGUUGGACGGUAAUUUUCAAGUAUUUCAAAGUCGACCUGUUUUUAUUCUGCACAAAUGGUAGUUUUCAACUGAGAGAUGUUUAUUUGAAGGUGCUAAAAGAGUGUAAAAGGAAACAUGCCUGCCUUGUAGUGGAGUCGUAGCUUUUGGUAAUACGUUCACUCUAAUUGCUCUUCAACAUUUUGUGAAUGUUGAUUCUCUGACACGAGUCAUUUUAAAUGAAUAAGUGUGUUAAUAUUGUUUUCAUCCUAUUGUAAUCAGAAACUUUAUUUGAGGGAAGAAAUGUUUAUGUACAGAUAUGUAAAAUAAAGAAUAAACUUUGUUUCAUAUA